AGGGUGGGUGGUUGGGGGAUGCACCCAUCAGGCGUUAAUGGAGAUAAGGGACUAACUCUGGGAGAGUUAAGGACAGAAACUGCUGAGUCAAAGGUGUGCGUUGGGCUGUCUGGAGCAGGACACCGGUUAAGUGAACUGGAUGGGGAGCCUUCUUGUGGACGGGCAUCUGGCUGCAGACACCAUUUUCAACUCCAUGUGGUGGAGGCAUGCUUGGUUAGAUCAGCAGUAUUUGAGGAUGUGGUGCUGAAAUCAGUGUCUGUUGCAAGCAGUCCAUCACUACUAACACUUCCAGUGCAGCUUCAUUAAAAACAGAGCUAGCAGUGGUGGGAAAUAGGCCAACAAACUCCAAGGAAUAUAGGGCUGGAUCCUGCUCUCACUGACUCAGUGAGAAUCCUGCCCAUGACUUCAGGGUAUUGGACACAAUGACAAUCACUGUAGUGUAUGAUAACUCUGAAGCUAUGGAGCUCUGUGCUUCUCAGCAUCUGUAUCUUAAACCAGUAGCAAAACUGACUAUCAAUGUGAUGUUUCCAGAACACACAGAAUCUACCCGAUCUUUCUCUAAGUGGGAAGUGAUGGACAAGCUGAAGAACAUGAUUUGUCCAGACCAAUUUACUACUGUUAGGGUUUCAAAGAGCACUAAGGAUUUCAUUCGAUUUGAGGGAGAGGCAGAAACUAAAAGGUUGAUCCUCACACUUAAGGAAAAACUGCAUGGAAAAGUAAUAAAACUGAAUGGUUUUAAAGAUGACUUGAAGGUGAUGGCCACCGAGGCACAUGCUGACUUUCCAACUCCACAAGAGUGGGCAUCUUACCUGAAUAAAAGAGAGAUUACGAAUGAAGACCUUACUGAGCAAACCGCUGAUAUUCCUGAUUGCAUCUAUUUUGAAGGUUUGCCAUGCAAAUGGUUUGCACUAAAGGGCUCAAAUAGUGAAAAGCCGAGUGAAGAUGUUUUAAGAGUGGUGUUCGAAAGCUUUGGAAAGAUCAAGAACAUAGAUAUCCCUAUGCUUGACCCUUAUAGAGAAGAAAUGGUGGGAGGAAAUUUAAAUAACUUCCUUUUUGGAGGUCUACAGACAUUUGAAGCUUUUGUCCAGUACCAAGAGUACACGGCUUUUGUGAAAGCUAUGGAGUCACUUAGGGGAAUGAAGCUGAUGUUUAAAGGGGAUGAUGGAAAAGCUCUGGCAUGUAACAUGAAGGUGACUUUUGAUACAACCAAACAUUUCAGCAAAGGAGCUAUCAAAAAGAGGAGGCUGGAAAGACAGAAGCUGCAAGAGCUAGAGCAAGAAAGAAAAAGGGAAAAAAAGAGAGAGGAAGAGGAGGCUGCAAGAAAAAGACGUGAUGAUGAAAAAAUUGCUCAAGAAAGAAAAAGGAAGGCUAAGCUCAAGAGGAGAGAACACAGGCAGAUAGAUCGGGAUGAGAAACGCCCAAGAAAGCAGCAGAAGGUAACAGCUGAAGAAGAGCAGUGGCCAGAGAAUAUGCCUGAAUGGGAAGAGAGGAAAUAUCUACUAGCUCAGAGAAGAGUGGAGUCUAUAAGGCUGCUUACAGUGCUGUUAAGCCGAGUAAAAGAUUUUGCACAGUUGACCAGCCAAAAAGUGGAGCCCUUGCUGUACCCUGAAGAGAUAAGAAAGGAUUGCUUUCCUGAGAAGGAGUUACGAAAUGCACAGACAGAGCAGAGAGAAUCCCGUUAUGUUCUACACAAAGAACUGAAGGAUAAGAAAAAUUUUAGCAAUCAGUUCUUCCAAACGGGUAACACCUCUUUUAGUGAGGAAGAGGUGCCAAGUAAUCUACCUGCAUCACCUUGUCAUAUUGUGAGAACGAUCUUAAAUGAUCCAACUGCAGCAAGCACUGGUAAAUUAACUGGCAGGGAUGCGUACAGCUCCUCUGGCUGUGGGUCUUUACAGAUUACAGUUACUGAAGACUGCAAGGUUAUAGAAUCCCGUGAGAGAGAAGACUGUCCUCCUUUGAAGACAGUGCACUCUGGAAAAGUGUCUGGUACAGGGUACUGCAAAAAGCAAAAGAUUUAUGAAACUGACGAGUUUAUACAUUAUUUAUUAAACUAUUAUCAAACUCCAAGCUACGCACGUGUCUGCCUAGAGCCAAAAAGCACUGUUAGCAAGUCUUGGUGGCAGAGGAUAGUGUCUGAUAAUGGGAAUGGCUUUCAGAUCAACCUGAAGAACAAAUAUGGGCAACGCUUUACAGAAGUGAGUUUUGUACAAAACCCUGACAAGGGAAAUUGUAGCGGGGAUGAUAAUUACAGAUGGGAGAUCAUGAUUCGGAAAUCUGAGUCUACAGAGAAUGUGUCAAAAAACAAGGCCUAUGCUGGAGGGUUUACAACAAAAUUCCAAGUACAGUGGAAUGACUCACUUGAUGUUGCUAAUUUACCAUAUGCUGAAUUUAAUAAUUCUUCUUUUGGAGGCACUAAUACGAGUCAUGAUAAAGAAUCCAAAGACGACAAUAACAGAAGAGAAGUUGCUCCACCAUACACAUACAAAUUCAGGGAUUUAAUGGAAGAGAUCAGUAGUGAUUCUGAGUAUUUCAGUGAGGCAAAGAGAAUAGAACGAAGAUAUAAAGAUGUUUAUAGUGAUGGCAAUAAAGCAUGGUCCCUCCCAAGAGAGAUGGAGAGAAAAUUCCUUGUCUGUGUCAAAAACGUAGGUCAAAAUUAUCCAGAAAAUGAAUCCAGCAAAUGUAGCUUCUGUUCAAAUUCUACCCCUGGUGGUUUGACAAAGCAGUGUAGACAUAAGCUUAAAAAAUCGUACAAGAGGUGCAGUAGUAAAUUGAGACACGAAGGGCAAAAAAGUGAGUGGAAAUCUAAUGAAGAAGCGAUAAAUACCCACAAAAAGAAGAAAAAGAGAAAAAAGCCCUCCUCUAACAUUUUACCUGAUGAACAUGGCUUCUCUGAAAUGGAGAGUUGGAGACAGCUGGAAUCUCUAAAAAAGAUACAGAGAAAAUGUAGCAAAAUGUUCCACCAUAAGAUGAAAUUCAAAACACUUCAUGUGAUGGCAGCAGCAUCAAAGGAUGCCAUCCAUGCUGAUGCCUCUCUGCUUCUGAGAUCUCGCCAAAGGGCAGGUGAGGUGGGGGAAGUGAAAUAGAACCAAGAUGACACUCCUCAGUUUGACAGGUUUAAGGAUUCUGUGCAGAAUUAUGUUACUGACACAAUCACUCUGGCAGUCAAGCUCACCUAACUGUUGAAAGUAGUUUAGAAGGAGGAGACGCUGAUUCCUGUGACACCUAAAGGGCUUAACAGUCGUUUAGUGCAGCAGCAGCACUCUUUGGGGUGGGAGACAGACCACAGCACCAUGCCUAGUCCCUGCAGGAUGCUGUUUGCAUUUGGGUGGCUGGGAGAGUAUGCUGUAGCUACACCCCUGCGCAGGGCUCCUGCUCUUUAUGCACCUACGCAGCCAGGUUAGAAGUGGCCUGGAGAUGAUACCUUUGUCUGGGUGCUGCUUCUCCUGGUGGCAGAAGCCACCGUCAUUCUUAUUUAUCCUGGACCUGGGAACCUAAGAAAUCCUGCUGCUGAAGUGGAGCAAGAAGAGGCUCCCAAGGAUCUGGGCUAAGGUUUAAAUUAAUAAAAGGGGAGAGCGAGGGACCAGUCAGCUCCCCUCCUUCUCUGGCUGGCCAAUGGAUGAGAGCCUCUGGAGGAGGGGUCAUCCUGCAUUCCUCCAGCAUCUGCUCCCCACUGCCAUCAAGUUUCCACCUGUUGAGCUGGGUCUUCUCUAGGCAAUGCAAGAUUUACAAAGAAUGAUGUAAAAGCUGAAAAGUAGUAUCCUUGUCCACCCAACUGGAUGGCAAUGUAUCUGUCUCGAAUCCAUGCACAAUAGCAAAUAUAUGCCCAUCCUGUUAUGCUUGUUAAGAUUUAGUGGGGAUAAGUAGUGCACACUCACCAGCUCAUCACAUUUUGGAAGGAGAAUAUGUGCAAUUCUGAAGAUCAGUAAAAUAAUGUAGUGGCUAAAACUACACUUCUAGAGACAUAUUACUGUGGAAAAAUUACCUGGGAAAGAACAGUGUACAGCACUGUUUGAACUGACUGAGGCACUAUACAUUUGGCCUUCUGAUCUCCCAACAGGAGUGAAAUAAUUCUCCUAUUUGGCUUUCCCCUUUUAAUCUUGAUUCAGUCUAUUAUGCUUUAGCUACAUGGCUGCAUCACUCCAGCAUCUUUUUCUGGGAAAAUCUCCUUCAAAUAUCUCAUUUUUUCUCCUUAUCUACAGGAGAUGAGAGGAAAUUAACACUGAGGAAAGAGAUGGAUGCAGAUGUUGGAGGAUGUCGUUUCCUGUUGAGUUAAUUUAGACAAAUCCAUGCUCUGAUGCUGUCUGUGGAGCAGAACCCAAAAGAGAAUGCUGAAUAGUUGCUAGCUAAUGGCAAUGGGGUCUUGAAGCUGCUCACAAAAGGCCCCCCCCCAAACAAACAAACCAAACCCUUUUAUAUGGCUCUAAGAAGUGAACUGUAAGGCCAGGUUUUUAGUGCAAUGGUUCCCAGACUUGUUCCGCCGCUUGUGCAGGGAAAGUCCUUCGGCCUGCACCGCUUCCAGCAGCUCCCAUUGGCCCGGAGCAGCGAACAGCAGCCACUGGGAGCUGUGAUCGGCCAAACCUGCAGAUGCAGCAGGUAAACAAACCAGCCUGGCCCGCCAGGGGGCUUUCCCUACACAAGCGGCAGAACAAGUUUGGGAACCACUGGUUUAGUGAUUAUAGGCAGUCUAAAAUAGUCUUGUUUUGAUUAGACUCCUUUAAUGCAUGCUGGAGUGGUAGGACAGUGAAACAAUCUAGUUAGUACAAGCUACAAAAAUAGAAUCUGUAUGGAUUUGGCACUGAUAUGAAAAAAGACCAAAAAGUUACCCAAGUGCAUGACACAAGCUAUUGUGAACCAAUUGCUGGGAGUUUUGAAGCUUUAUGGGUUGAAACUUCUGAGUAGCCAUCCAGCUAAGUCCAGGGGAGCCAUAAAACAUUUGCAUUCUGGUAUCUAGUAAUUAUUAUAGUUGAAUUGAUUGCACAAAACCACCUAUACAUAGCUGGGAUAAAUCUUUAAGUAACCAUUAUUCAGAGUGCCUCAGUCAUAUUGUUAAUAUGAUGCGAUGGCAAAAGGGUGAGGCAUGGCAACCUUGCAAUUCAGUUGUCAGAAAAAAAAAAAAGAAAAAGAAAAAAAAGUGAGAACUUGCAGUGAGUUUCUAAAUUAGAGAAAAUACACCCCAGUACAUGUUAACCUUCUCCGAGCAGCUACACUGGGAAAGUUCCUCAGCAUUCAGUUAAAAUUCUAGGAAUGAGCCAGAAAACUUGACAUUUUCUUGGGCUGAUCAAAAUCAUUGCACUGCCACUAGAUUUAGCAUUCCGGAGACGUUGAGGGAGGAUAUUCCAGACAAAGCUCUACAUGAUGAACAAUGAAAGGGGAUGAUUUCAGCAUGUUGACCAUCAGCAUGAAAGGCUACCUUCAAUACAGAGUGAACAUUGCUUGCAGGAUUUCUAAGACGCGCCUUUCUGGACGCACAAGCAGUGAGACAGCUACAUAGUUCAAAAUAGCUUACAGAUAAUUCCCAGAGAAGACUUCAUUUUCAAAAUGUUGCUAACUUCUAUAAAUCUCUGCUGCAAGGAGACAUAAUGUGAAAAUGCAGACUAGAAGCUUGGACUAAUAUCUACAUUUAUUCAGUUCUCUCUAUUUAGAAGAUAGUCACAGCUGCUCUUGGGCAAAGUCCCUCAUGAAGAUGUAGAUGGAAAUAGAACAGACUCUGGUUUUACUUACUGUUUUAGGUUUCAUUUUAGUGUGCUUUAUUUAUUACAUGUCAAGAUACUAAAUGUGAUGUCGCUCCCUUCAUUAAAUAGCAUAUCAUUCAUGUUUGUAACCUCUGCUCUAAUAAAGUAGUAGUAAAAAUGUUUGUAGUUCUCAUUCAUGUUAUAUUGUGUUUCCCACCGCAUCGUUCAAUAAUGGUGACUUCUACAGCCUUCUAAGCCAGGUUUUACCCCAGUCUAUUCUUAUUGUUAAAAACAUGUUCAUAUGUUGAGUGCCUUUUUCAGGUUCCCAGUAAUCAAUGACAAAUGGUUGCUACUCAAAGUGCUGUUAUGUAUGACACCUUUUUGUCUGAAAACAGCUUCUUGCUGAGAAUAUUGUCUAUAUACUUUGGAAAACUUAUGCCCCCUGUCUGUCUUGCUUUUUAUAUAGUUGUAAUGAAGACCAACUAUUGCAAUUGUUUACCAUGUAAAUAUCUCUCUUCCACUGUAGUGGCAUAAGUGUUUUUCCUCAAUGCAAUAUUUACAGCUACAAAAAGCAAACUUUUUCCCCACUGAUCCUGAAAUGGCUAUUUAUGUGCAUAGGCUUAUGCACAUUGCAUUAUAUAAUUCACACACUUACAGGUAAGGAAGUGACUUUAUCUAGAACUGGAACUAAAUAUUUCUUUUUUGCUGAUGGUUUUGCACCAGGCUGUCAUUCCACUUAAAAGCAAAUAAAUGUACUGAUUCUUUUCUUGCUUCUUGCAUCACCUAGAUUCAUUUACAAACAAGCCAAUCCUGAAUUUGAAAUUUUCCAUUUAGAUAAUAAAGUGAAUAAAAUGUAAUAUGUGCACUUUAAAAUGAAAAAUGCCAAUCUGAUUGGUUUUACUUCAUCAUAUUAAGAUAUGAAAUAACUUUAGACAUAAUUUCAGCAAACUCUUUCCUUAGUAGUUUAUCGAGUGCAUUGUUUAGAUCCUACCCCGAUGUAUUUUUUAUUAUUAAUCUCCUUACCUUUCUUCCCCGACACACACUACCUGAGCCCCUGUAGUUCCAUAUUUUGGACUGUUCAGCAUGAUGUGUUUCAUAGGUCAAUAUUCAUUUACAUGGCUUUUGUAGAAAAUAACUACAGAAUUUUUUAAGAAUGUGCUUUUAAACUUAAAAAAAAGUUUGAUGUUUUCUGGUUAAACUUAUAUAUUUGAUGUUGCUCAGGAAUAAGAUGUAAUAUCUUAAUUAUGAAAGUUAAAGAAUAAAAUGUAUUUUUAUUUUA